AUGGCAAACAUUUUUCAUGUGAAAGGAAAAGAAGAAAUUGUAUUUGGCAGAAAAAAUGUUGUGAUUGCAUGCGAUGUUGUAAACGGAAAAGUGACUCAUGUCGAUGUGAGCAGCGAAUUAAUGGGUUAUAUUUUCGCUGGCGAUGAAAUAUUAUCAAUCAACGGCGAAACAAACAUCAAAACAACCGCUGAUUUCAACCAGAAAAUCUCAGCAAAAGUUCCCGGAAAAGUAUCAAUCGAAUUUAUGCGAGAUGAUCAUUGUCUAGUUACCGAAACAGUUCUUCCACCGCGACGCCCAAAUACUCAAAUGGUUGAAUUAACAUUGACAUAUCGAGGAGGUGCUGCAACUGGAAUGAUUAUUCAUAGAAUGUCAUCUGAUCCAAGAACAGUUACAAUGUCAAUGGUUUCAAGUUCAUCAGCUGCUUGCAAAUUCGUUCAUAAUGGUGAUAUUUUGGUGAAAGUAAAUGAUGUUUAUGUUUUGAGUCGAGAUGCGGCGAGAAAACUUCUUUAUGCAAGUGUGAAUAGUACUAAAACAGUGCGACUCACAUUGGAACGCUCAACAACAACACUUCCACUUGGACCUUCACCUGAUCCACCAACUGGUGCUAAAACAACUGCAUGUGAUCCUUUAUACAAAGUACAAUCAAAAAGUCUUGUUGCACCACCUCCCACAAAUUCACCAACAUCUCGUCUUAGUCUAACCAAGGCAAAUAAACAAUAUGAUGUUCUUCUUCCUGCUGAUGUUAUUGAAAUUAUGAAGAAAAAUCGAGAAUUUUUCAAAAAACCAUGUAAUAUUGCACCGUGUAUUGUCAAAAUUGUCAAUAAUAGCUCAAGUGUUAUGCAACCACGUAAGUUUAGCUUUGAAAAUUUAGGAUAUCUCUUGAAAAUCAAGUUUCCACCCAAAAAUUUCACAAAAAUUGGAUAUUGAAGGUCCUGGAACCAAAAAAUCCAAUUUUCAAUUCUACAAUUCCGAAUAUUUCAGCAGCUAUCAAACUCGAAGCAAUUGCUCAACCAGAAAUUGUGAUUCCCUGUGAUCCAUCGCCAAAACCCCUCAAAGCGACUCCGAAACGCGUUGGUUCUUGA